CAUGAGAUCAAGGACCAUAUUAGUUUAAACAGGGGCUCAAAGUGGCAUUUGAGAGAGAGGAUACUUCCUUUCAGAGUGGACACUUGUCUUUUCAGAAGACUUAUUCUGACUGAGAGUAAAGACCUUUACCAGAGAAGUGUGUAGUCAUUUUGAGCUCUGUAAAACUUCCUUUUAUCUGCUGGAUAUUAUACUCUGCACUUGAAGGGGUCCGAACCCUAGGAUGUCCUCCUAUACAUGUCAAGAGGAAGGCACGCUCAAAGCUCAUGAUUGCGUCUUAAUUUACAAAUCAGGGACAGAGGGAGAUGAAAACCACACUCCAGACAGUAACUUAAUCGGACUCACCACCAAGAUGUUAAAAGUGAAGAGGCUGGAAGAAAUCAACACAUGUUAUAACAGUAACAAACGGGAGGAAAUGGCCUUCUUCCAGUGCAUGGAAAAGGUUGAGAAAGUGAAAUGUUUUCUGGAAGAAAGUUCCAGUGAACAGGAAUCAAGAUCUGGAAAGAAUGAGGCUAAGGAGAAGUCACGGUCACACCCUGGUCUGAAGGAAACAGCACCUGUCAAAGGCAAAAGGACACCGGCCCUCACAGAGAGAUCUUCCCAGAAGAACCAGCCCUCCUCCGAGAAAAAAAAAGUUAAUAAACUCAAUGAGAAAAAUUCUGAGAAGACCAAUGCCUCUCUAGUUCAGAGAAGUUUUGCCACAUUUCAUACAGAAAGACCACAAGACGAAGUCAAAGAUUUUGCUCUAAGAAGUUCCAUAGAGCCAAGAGAAAAUAUAGACACAAGAGACAUUUCGAGUACACAGAGACUGAACAGACAAGAAAGUAAUAGUUCUGGAGAUGAUAAGCAAGCCACUGUGGAUCAAAAUGGAUGUCCAGUGUUCAAAGGAGAGAAAAAUGGGCUUCAUUCUAAAGAAGAUACUAGUGAAAGCGAAGUUGAGACAAAAGGAGGACCAGCAAUUGCAAAUGAAACGGUGUUGGACAAGUGUUCAAAUAAAAAGCAGUGUGUUGAUAAAACAAAUGGUGAUCAAAUCUGUGAAAGGUGUAUCAGCAAUGUGAAAGCCAUUUCUACAACCCGAAUCCUGGAAAACCCAGCGCUAGCACCCACUUUCCAGAAUGCUGAGCAAGCAGAACACACUGGCAGCAGCAAGCGGAGGGUGACGGAGGAGUGCUUCACCAAAGAGGACAGCAAAAAGAGCAGAAUAGAUGUAGAGAGUCCAGGUGAAGGACACACAUUUAGGACACAGGAAACCAGACAAGCCCAGGGGGGCUUACAAGGCAAACCCUUGGCAUCUGCUGGAACUAAGACCUCCGGACAGCAAGAUCUGAUGGCCCCAUUGGAUGAUGUCCCGGCUCCUCCCGCCCCGUUUAAUCACCGUAUCGUGACAGCCAAACAAGCAGCCAUCAAUGUCUUUUAUACUGUGAGCAGAAUGGAAGUUUUAGGAGGGGGGCGCUUUGGCCAGGUACACAGGUGUGAAGAGAAAGCAACAGGUCUGAAGCUGGCGGCCAAGAUCAUCAAGACCAGAGGCACCAAGGAUAAGGAUGAAGUGAAGAACGAGAUCAACAUCAUGAACCAGCUGGAUCACGUGAACCUCAUUCAGCUCUACGACGCCUUUGAGUCUAAGAAUGACAUUGUCCUGGUCAUGGAGUACGUGGACGGAGGGGAGCUGUUUGAUCGCAUCAUUGAUGACAACUACAAUCUGACCGAGUUUGACACCAUCCUGUUCAUCAAGCAGAUAUGUGAGGGCAUAAGACACAUGCAUCAGAUGUAUAUUCUCCAUUUGGAUCUGAAGCCUGAGAAUAUCCUGUGUGUGAAUCGGGAUGCCAAACAAAUAAAAAUUAUUGAUUUUGGAUUGGCCAGAAGAUACAAACCCAGAGAGAAGCUGAAGGUGAACUUUGGAACUCCGGAAUUUCUUGCCCCUGAAGUUGUGAACUAUGAUUUUGUUUCCUUUCCCACUGACAUGUGGAGUGUGGGCGUCAUCGCCUAUAUGCUAUUGAGUGGUUUGUCUCCCUUCCUGGGUGACAAUGACGCUGAGACCCUGAACAACAUCCUGGCCUGUAGGUGGGAUUUAGAGGAUGAAGAAUUUCAGGACAUCUCGGAGGAGGCCAGGGAGUUUAUCUCCAAGCUUCUGAUUAAGGAGAAGAGUUGGAGAAUAAGUGCAAGUGAAGCUCUCAAGCACCCUUGGCUGUCAGACCACAAACUCCACUCCAGACUCACCACUCAGAAGAAGAAGAAUUGUUGCUCUAACGCAAAGAACCUUGUGACCAAAUAAUCCAUAGAAGGCACCCAUUUGAAAGGAAAACUGCUGUGGUCGCUGCUGCUUUGGGAAGAUUUCUGGAAAAAUCAGCAGUUCUGAUGCCUUGACCCCGAGGAUGAUGGGUGGCCGUGGGGGGUGGGGGAGCCGCCGCACUUGAACUCGGAGCGCCCAGUUAAGGCGGAUGCCUAGUGCUGUGGUCCUGGGGGUGCAGAAAAGCCCCACGCCCCUUUCCUCACAACCCCACACCCCAUGGCAGUACACAAUUGGGAAGAUGCUUCCCUGACAUCUUGAGUUUUCAAUGUUUAUUUUUUUAUUUUAGUCGCUGGGAUAAGGGGUACCUGAUUUCUGCUCUUUCUCAGCUUCCUAGAGCAAUCAGACUGGAGAUUUAUUUGAGACAUUUAAACCUGGAGGAUACAUUGAGAGGGAGAAAACUGCUUCCAGUCCUUAAACUAUGCCUUUCAAAGGGGUGAUCAUAUCACCGGAAGAAAAUUCUGUCUUUCAAACCCUUGAUCACUUGGUUUCUCAGACUGUGUUAUUUUGAUUUGGUCUGAAAUCAGGUGAAUCCGACUCAUAAAUAAUCUGCUUUCUGGAACUUGAGCUGUCUUGGAAUCCUGAGGCAAGAGGCAUCAGAUGUCGUGUUUUCUGUUUAUUCUGAACUUUUGUCCCAGCUCAUCAGUUUCUUCCGAGCAGUGAUUCUACUUUCAAAUGAGUGAUGCGCAUUUCACAAGGCACUCCCCUCUCUUCUGACUGAGCAUUCACACGCGUGAAAUGCACUAGUUUUCACCAGUGGAGCAAGAAUUACAACCUUAGGAAUAACCGUAACAGUUACGAGAGCUUUCCUCAUGCUGCCGCUGUCAAUGAGCGAUGGGUCGUGUGCAUCCCAAGGAAGGACGGUGCUUUGCUUCCAAUGUUGAAAUGACUUUGGAAAUAGCGCUCAGGUUUCUGGGUAAAUGCCAACAUUUCUGAAGACCAAUGAUCUCACCUACGCAGAAUCUUGCAUGGCUCAGUGGUUGUGAGGAAAGAACAUUCAGAAAUCAAAGUGAGGGGGAACAUUCCUGCUCACUCUUUGGAUAUGAGAAUGAUUUCCAGUUGGAAGCUUCUUCUUGUUCUUGAACUCAUAUGCCAUUUCAUUACAGAUUUUUAAUAACGGAAGUGAGCCCUACCGUAUAUAGCACAGAAAGGCACAGAGCCUCUGAAGAGUGAAACGUGGGUGCCGUUUCUUUACGAAGAAGAGGCCAUGCAGGGCCACACGCAACUCCUAUCACACAACUAGCACCACGCUCACCAUUCAUCUUCUUAAGCUGUCCUCAUAUUUCCCAUUUCCAAAUAACUCCUGUGAUGAGAUCAGCUAUAAGAAUGCAUUUUUAGCUGUAAAUGGUUCUAGGCUCCGAUAGUCACCAUAGUAAUGGCCAUAUUAGUGAGGGCAGUUUUAAUUGGCAUUGGCUUUUCUCCAUUAUUGCUUGUAUCCACCUAGUGGGUCCUUCUAGCAUGCCCGUGAAUAACUGUAUGUGCAAUGUUCUUAUUCUCAUGUGCAAGGUAAAGGGGAAGUAGAGACAGAAGAAAAUGUGUAAUUUAGUUAAGACCACAUGCCAAUUUAGUGGUCAUGCUAGUUAUAAAACUGACUCCUUUCUAGCUUUGCUCUUACAUUAUGAUGCAUUUCUUUUUUCCUUUGGCCUAUGCAUUUAUUCAAGGUUGGUUUUCUCCUGGUCCUGCUAUGUGACUAUGCUUAAAAUGUUUAAUUUGGUUUCCUUGAAAAAAAAAACAAAAACACAUACAAAAAAAAAAACACCACACACAACAAAACCCUGUGACUGAAGUGUUAUAUUACUGUGCUUGCUAUCUUUAGCUGAUGGUAUUCAUCGAGUCUGGAAAAAUACAAGCCAGUGCAUGCAUUAAUACUCAGACCGCAGAGAGCUGGCAUUCUCUCAAAUGCUAAAUAAGAUGCAAGGGCCUGAUUUGAAAACCCCUCAUGGAAGGGCGUUUUCUGUCCUGUGGUGUGGACUCUCUACCAGAUAGAGCAGGAGGUCUUUUGCAUUCAGCUCCCAUUCUGACUCACGUUGGCAGAGAAACUUUCACCAGACCCCAACACACAUGGGAGAGGCAGCUUAGGCCAAAUAAAGGAAUGAUUUCUUUGUCAAAUUAAUCCACUAAUGACCCUGCAGUCAGUGGGUGUGAUUUUUUUUUUUCUUUAAAGAGGUUUAGAAAGGAGACUCUACUUUAAGAAUGGAUCUCCUUUGAAUUUGGAGUUAAAUUUCCACAUUUGGAUGGGGAGGCAUCCCCACGCCAGCAGGGUGUCUUUUAUAUGAGAGCUGAGGAUAGUUUGCAUUGCAGAGUUGAUCAUUACAGUCUAGAGUUACAGCGAAAUGGGAGAAUUUCGGUCUCCUGCUCAUCCUGCUCCCUCCCUCCACGCCCCUGUGCAGCUGCCCCAGCAAGAACUGGUAACUUGGUAGAUUGCCGCUCUGAUGGGAAAGGGGGCUUUGCACAGCGGAGAAAUCAAACCAGAUGCAAGCAUGGACCAGAGAAGCUGAGUCUGGCGAGACUGGGGCUAUUGUGAUCAAUUUUUCCAAGAAUUCAUUAGAAUUUGACAGCCUGUAUUGCUUCUCCGCCCUCCUAAUGGACGUUAUGGCUUCAGUCCUUGCAUUAGGCAGUAGCCUUUUCUUUGGAAAAAGGCGGCAAUUCAGCACUGAUGUGGCAUUUCCCACUGCCUGGAGAGAAAUAAACCUCACAAAGGAUUCAAGAAAAAGCAUGCCCCCAUUUGUCAUUUGUAAGAUACCAACACUUCCCCAGAACCUGUUGCUAUUUAAAAAUCAGGGAGAAAAGAGCUCAUGUCCCAGUCGGUGACAUAAAAACAUCUGAAAUUGGAUUCUCACCUGAACUACUUUGGGGAAAGAUUCCUAGGUCAAAAUGGGGGUAAUUCUCAUGUUAGUUUCUAGUCUGACUUGCUAUUAUUUUGCUUUCUUUCCUCGAAAAUGUAAAUAGGCAUGCUGCUAUUGCUGUGGCAUACUUUGAUGUGAAAGUGUUUUGAAAGAUGCGUGAAUUAUUACAUUUUCACCAUUUUUAUGGAAUUUAGCAUAGAAUUUUUUUUCUCAUUUUAAAGUCAAAAUACGUAUUUGAUAUUAUGGAAAUGAGGGUCUUAUUCUUUAUUUCAUUCCUUUUUUCCUCCUUCUGCUCCCACUACCCCUACUCUCGGCAUAAGGCAAAUGGUGUCAGGAUGCAUACAUGUACUAGUUCAGUCUGGAUGAGGGAACCUCAUUUGGAAGGUCCAUCCGUGUGAGUGUAGCAAGAGGGCGAGGCAGGUGUCUGUUCCGGGGCAAUUUCAGCAUGGGGGUAACCUGCGCCCUCGCUGUGGCUCACUUCUCAAAAGCCAUGAUGCUCCCUACCUUGCUUUUGCUUUAGCUUUUUGCCUUUUUUUUUUUUUUACUUCUUUCUCUUUUUCUUCAGUUAGAAUCAAAGUCCAUCUUCUUAUCCAUCACAGUGCUCCCCUAAAGCCUUUUUGGGAUAAAAAUGAUAUUUCCAAAAGGCGAAUUGCUUGCUGUCCUAAAGGAAACUUGAAGCUGGACUAUUAGACGGUCAGAUGUUUGAGUCCUGGAUGAAGGUGACUUCUUUGUCUAGCAUGAAGUCAAUGGCUUCUCCCACUAGAAGUUCCACAUAUGUCUCUGAGCUCCAUUUUUGUCAGGAGUGCUUUCCAUAAGUGAUCUUGAUGUGGGUAGUUUCACCUUCCAUGAAGGCUUAUAACUCAACUACUACUUAUUCAAAAGAGCAGAAAACAUCGAAUACCUGAGUGUUCCUAUCUUGAAUUGUAUGUAUUUUGUAGUUGUCCCAGCCGAUGGAUGUCAGUGAGUCUUUUCGAUGAGGUUUAGUAGUGUAGGUAAGAAAUAAAAAUGGAUUCGUAAUGUGGUGAUUGCACAUGUCAUGUAUAUUUUUUAUUUCUGAACAUAGUUUCAUUCAGCUGUAUUUCUUUGCCUUAUAAAGAUGUAUAACAGUCAUAUAUAUGUAUUAUAUUGAAGAAUAAACAUGGACC